AGGCAAAACCCAAAGAGCAAGGGCAGACAGGGAUUUAUAUGUCCCAUGCUCAGGCUUGCUAACAAUGACACUCUGCCGAUUCCAUUCCUGCAUUCAGGGGGUUUAAAGCAGAGGAACCCCAAAAGGGCUGUGGUCUAUUGUCUUCAGAUCGUGCUGCCUCUUUAAAAUCAGAAAUGCGCGGACAGCUUCAAGGUGCCUCCCACUGAGCAAAGGCUUUGGAUGCCGGCACAGAGGCAGAGGAGCCAUCCUCCCCUGAGCACAGGGAUAACCUAAUGGGAGAGAAAGCAGCACUCAGCGGAGUCCUUGCGCUACUUCCAGUGAUCCUUUCUCUCCUCCAGUAACAGCAGCACGUGCAGAGGAGAAACCUGGCGGCUCUCUCACCAGAGAAGAAACCUGGCUCUCUCUCAGGUUGCCUGAGACCUCCAAGAUGAUGAGCACAACUGCAGAAGGAGAUAAGUGAGGCUGUUGUCCUAUAAUCUUCUGGGGACAAAGACAAGGUUACUCACUGCUCAAAAGGAAGCUUUGGGUGAGGUCUCUCACCUGCCGAUCUUGUGCCCUGCCACACUGGGCUAACAACACUGAGGGCCAGCCAAGCUGCACAUGCCAAAAGACGACAGAGAUGGCCAUGGAGCAAACUGAACGCAACCUAAAUGCUACCGCCCACCUCAAUUUUGCUUCAAUCUACAACAUCCAUAAUGGGGAUUUCACCUCUUUGAGAAACUUCUCUUUCCCUUUCAAUUUCACCUACAGUGAUUAUGACCUGCCACUGGACAGUGAAGAUGACAUGACCAAAACCCGCACCUUCUUCACAGCCAAGAUUGUUAUUGGGGUUGCUCUGGUUGGCAUCAUGCUGGUUUGUGGCAUUGGCAACUUCAUCUUCAUUGCUGCUCUCGCCCGCUACAAGAAGCUGCGAAACCUCACCAACCUGCUGAUUGCCAACCUGGCCAUCUCAGACUUCAUCGUGGCUAUUGUGUGCUGCCCCUUUGAGAUGGACUACUACGUGGUGCAGCAGCUGUCCUGGGAGCACGGCCAUGUCCUCUGUGCCUCAGUCAACUACCUACGAACUGCCUCCCUCUUUGUUUCGACCAAUGCUCUCCUGGCUAUAGCUGUUGACAGGUAUUUGGCCAUUGUUCACCCACUGAAACCACGCAUGAAUUAUCAAACAGCAACCGUCCUCAUUGCCUUGGUCUGGGUCAUCUCCAUACUUCUAGCAAUUCCAUCUGCAUACUAUGCUACUGAAACUGUGUUGUUUAUAGUUAAAAACCAGAAGAAAUUUUUCUGUGGCCAAAUUUGGCCAGUUGACCAGCAGAUGUACUAUAAAUCAUACUUUCUCUUCAUCUUUGGCAUUGAAUUUGUAGCACCUGUGAUUACAAUGACCUUGUGUUAUGCCAGGAUCUCUCAGGAGCUUUGGUUUAAAACUGUCCCAGGAUUUCAGACAAAACAAAUCAGAAAGAGGCUUCAGUGCAGAAGGAAAACUGUUAUGGUACUAAUGUGCAUUCUGACUGCCUAUGUUCUCUGCUGGGCACCUUUCUAUGGUUUCACAAUUGUCCGGGACUUCUUCCCCACCCUUUUGGUGAAAGAGAAGCAUUAUCUCACUGCCUUUUACAUAGUCAGGUGCAUCGCCAUGAGUAACAGCAUGAUAAACACCAUGUGUUUCGUAACCGUGAAAAACAACACUAUGAAGUACUUCAAGAAGAUCAUGCUACUCAGAUGGAGGUCAACGUAUAAGGGAAGCAAAUCUAGCAUAGAUUUGGACCUGAGAACAAGUGCAAUCACAGAGGAAGUAGACUGCAUAAAAUUACAAUAAUUUUUCUGAGGUUCUAAUCUCAGCUUUUUUGGAGAGGGGGAAAGAGGAAAUAAUACCUUGUCAGAAGCUUCUUCCUUGUCUGUGGGAAUACCCUCUCACUGGUGAGAGCCCUCAAAAAAGCAGCCUGCUUUGCAUUCCCACCAGAAUUCUUCUCACUGUACUGCUGGAUAAUCCUUACACUUGAAAAGAUGCUGUGCUUCAGUUCAUACAUCUGUCAAUUUGGGAUGUAGACACUAAUUUUAUAGUUGUUUAAUAAGAACAAAGAAAUCUAUGAAUACAAUGGUGGAAAAGUUGAGUGCUGACCCUAGCAGUGAUGCCUCUCUGUUUCUUAAGAGAAACCUCUUAACACCUUUGAGCUUAUGACUUGUACCUUUAAGCUAUUUAGUGUCCUUUUCUUUCUGCUCAGAAGAGAAAGGACUCCUAGAAAGCCCAUUUUGCUUCCAGUCACUUUUUAACCUCUCCGUUUACCUUUCCUGAUGAAUCUUCUUGAAGUCUAUAGACCACCAGCUUUCUAUUGUCAUUGGACAAUAUGCACAGCAUGCUCUUAUGAAAGGCACAUGCUCUGAAAGCUAAAAUCCGCUUCACAGGCAAGUGAAAACCUCAAGUUUCUUCCUGUCACACCCUGUUUAAGAAUGCUUUAUCAAUACUCCACUUUUUAGUUUUAUGGAGAGUUUUAACUUUGUUAUGCAUUUGGAAAUGCCACAGAUAUAUAUGAAAAGGAUCUACUCCCUCAUCUCCAGGCACCCUGUGGCCAGCUUCUGCUACCUUGAGAUGCUGAGCUCCUCACAGAAUCAAUCACAAAAUUGUAGAACUUGAGAAUAAUAUCUCCACAUUGUCUAGCCCAUCCCUCUGCCCAUGUUAGCCAGGAUUGUGUCCAGCUAGGCUUUGACUGACUCCAGGGAAUGCUGACAGUCUCCAUGGAUCACCAGUGUCAGUGUUCAACAGCUCUCACUCAGUGAAAAAGUGUUUUCUUAUGUUCAGAUGGAGUUUCAUGUGUUUUACCUUGCUUGUCAGCGGGAUCCAUAUAAACCUACAUCAUGGUGGUGGGAAAAAUCCAACCAGACAUCUUACCAAGUCUGUGUGCACCUUCACGAUAAAGGAUAAGCAACACCAAAAUAUCUAGGAGAUCCUGAGAUGAUCCAUCCAUCUUUCUGGGAGCAAGACAAGCUUAGGCUUCAGUGAGCCAGCCUCUGGUCGAGUUGCGAAGCUUAUUGUCUGCUCAGAUAUGACGCAACUCCAGAUGAAUUCUGCUUUUCUUUCUGCAGUGCUACUUUUACUGUUCUGAUUUAGUGAAACUCCAGUUUGGAUGUUUCUUAAAUGAUAAUUGUGACAAAGCACGUGACAGUAAUACAUACUCAUUUCAACUACACAUAAGAUAUAAUGGACUUCUGUGUAUGGUAAUAAAAUCUUUUCUGUUGUGAUGACAAAUGUGCAUGUGGUUGUGCCUUACUUUUGGAGUAAGUUGUUUUGGUAAAUAACUUGUCUAUUUGUGAAUUUGAAGUGAGCAGCAAAUCCUGCAAAUAAAACAUGACCUCAGUAUAAGCAUUCUG